UCACCCUGCCCGGAGCUAAGAACGCCAGACGUGGCUGCCCAGGAGCCCUCUAUGGCCUUCAUCCCACCCAACCCCGCUUUUUGCUUUUCCCUCCCGCUUUCUCAUUUUUCCUCGUUAACAGCAUACAGGCGGGGCGCUUGGCAAAACUCAGACUAAAAACAGAGCAAGAGAGAGAAAAAGAACGUAUUCGAUGCACCUGCCUGGUUCCUCCCGAGUUUGCGAACGGUCGUAACCAUGUCUGAGUCGGGGGAGAUAAGUGAAUUUGGCUACAUCAUGGAAUUGAUAGCCAGAGGCAAGGUUACCAUUAAGAAUAUCGAAAGAGAGCUCAUUUGCCCGGCAUGCAAGGAGCUGUUUACCCACCCAUUGAUUCUCCCUUGUCAACAUAGUAUCUGUCAUAAAUGUGUAAAAGAACUCUUACUGAUGCUUGAUGAUUCAUUCAAUGACGUGGGAUCAGACAACUCCAAUCAGAGCAGUCCUCGACUUCGGCUUCCUUCCCCUAGCAUGGAUAAAAUUGACAGAAUUAGCAGACCAGGCUGGAAGCGCAAUUCAUUGACCCCUAGGACAACUACUUUUCCUUGUCCUGGCUGUGAACAUGAUGUGGAUCUUGGAGAACGGGGAAUCAACGGUCUGUUUCGAAAUUUCACUUUGGAAACUAUUGUUGAAAGAUAUCGUCAGGCAGCCAGGGCAGCCACAGCCAUUAUGUGUGACCUUUGUAAACCACCACCUCAAGAAUCCACAAAAAGUUGCAUGGACUGUAGUGCAAGCUACUGCAAUGAAUGCUUCAAAAUUUAUCAUCCCUGGGGUACUGUAAAAGCGCAGCAUGAGUAUGUGGGCCCAACUACGAAUUUUAGACCCAAGAUUUUAAUGUGCCCAGAACAUGAAACGGAGAGAAUAAACAUGUACUGUGAAUUAUGUAGGAGGCCAGUUUGUCAUCUCUGUAAGUUGGGUGGUAAUCAUUCCAACCACCGUGUAACCACUAUGAGCAGUGCCUACAAAACCUUAAAGGAAAAGCUUUCAAAAGAUAUUGAUUACCUUAUUGGCAAGGAGAGCCAGGUGAAGAGUCAGAUUUCUGAACUAAACUUGUUAAUGAAAGAAACGGAGUGUAAUGGAGAACGGGCUAAAGAAGAAGCAAUUACACAUUUUGAAAAGCUCUUUGAAAUCCUAGGAGAGAGGAAAUCGUCUGUUUUGAAGGCAAUUGAUGCUUCUAAGAAACUAAGAUUAGACAAAUUUCAGACUCAAAUGGAAGAGUAUCAGGGGCUGCUAGAGAACAACGGACUCGUGGGAUACGCUCAAGAAGUGCUGAAGGAGACAGAUCAGUCUUGCUUUGUUCAGACCGCAAAACAGCUCCACCUCAGAAUACAGAAAGCUACAGAAUCUUUGAAGAGCUUUAGACCUGCGGCUCAGACUUCUUUUGAAGACUAUGUUGUUAAUACAUCUAAACAAACAGAACUUCUUGGAGAAUUGUCCUUUUUCUCUAGUGGCUUAGAUGUGCCAGAGAUCAAUGAGGAACAGAGCAAAAUUUAUAACAAUGCUUUGAUAAAUUGGCACCAUCCAGAAAAGGAUAAAGCUGAUAGCUAUGUCCUCGAAUAUCGGAAGAUUAAUAGAGAUGAAGAAAUGUUGUCUUGGAAUGAGAUAGAAGUGUGUGGCACAAGUAAAGUCAUUUCUGAUCUUGAAAGUAAUUGUAACUAUGCUUUCAGAGUAAGAGCCUACAAGGGUUCAAUCUGCAGUCCUUGCAGCAGGGAAUUGAUUCUUCAUACUCCUCCAGCUCCAGUUUUCAGUUUCCUUUUUGAUGAAAAAUGCGGCUAUAAUAAUGAACACCUCUUGCUGAACUUGAAGAGAGACCGUGUAGAGAGCAGAGCUGGAUUUAAUCUUCUCCUUGCUGCGGAGCGGAUCCAAGUGGGUUACUUCACAAGCUUAGACUACAUCAUUGGAGAUGUUGGAAUUACAAAAGGGAAACACUUUUGGGCCUUCCGUGUAGAACCAUAUUCAUACCUGGUAAAAGUGGGAGUUGCUUCCAGUGAUAAACUACAAGAAUGGCUCCGGUCUCCCCGGGAUGCAGUUAGUCCAAGAUACGAGCAAGACAGUGGGCAUGACAGCGGAAGUGAGGAUACCUGUUUUGAUUCUUCACAACCCUUUACGUUAGUUACUAUAGGCAUGAAGAAAUUUUUUAUUCCCAAGUCACCUACUUCUUCUAAUGAACCUGAAAAUCGAGUUCUCCCCAUGCCAACAAGUAUAGGGGUUUUCCUCGACUACGAUAAAGGCAAAGUGGGUUUCUAUGAUAUGGAUCACAUGAAAUGCCUUUAUGAGCGCCAAGUGGACUGUUCGCAUACUAUGUAUCCAGCAUUUGCAUUAAUGGGCAGUGGAGGAAUUCAGCUUGAAGAACCCAUCACAGCAAAAUAUCUAGAAUACCAAGAGACCAUGUAG